AUGGCCUGUGCUCCCAGGUAUCACUGGAGAACAGAACAUGACGUCCCGUUUGCAGACGUUACGGGGACCUGCUUCCUGUCAGUGGGCGGGGCCUCAGUGGAGUACGCCCCCUGCAGAACAGAAAGACACGGACCUGCUGGACAGGGCUAUUGUCAGGGGGGCUUUAGUGCAGACUUCACCAAGAACGGGAGGGUUGUACUUGGAGGACCAGGCAGCUUUUACUGGCAAGGUCAGCUGAUCUCUGCCACCACUGAAGAGAUAGUGAAGGCCUAUUACCCCGCUUACUUCCUGCUGUUUGUGGACGGCCAGAAGCAAACGGCACAAGUUCAGAGCAGCUACGACGACAGUUAUCUAGGGUACUCAGUGACCACAGGGGAGUUCAGCGGAGACCAGGAAGAAGAUUUCGUCACGGGGGUUCCCAAAGGACUGCUGCUGUACGGUCUGGUUUCUAUUUUAGACGGAAAGGAUCUGACGUACCUGGUGAAUCUAACCGGAGAGCAGAUGGGCUCGUACUUCGGCUACGCAGUGGCAGUCACAGACAUCAACAACGACGGCCUGGACGAUGUGGUGGUGGGGGCCCCUCUCUUCAUGCUCCGGGCCCCUGCAGGACAGUUGGAGGAACUGGGCAAAGUCUACGUGUAUCUUCAGAAAGGCCCUCAGCGUCUGGAGCCCAGUGGCACCAACCCCCUCGGCUCCCAGGCCUUCAGCCGCUUCGGGACCUCUCUGGCUCCGCUCGGGGACCUGAACCAGGACGGAUUCAAUGAUUUGGCAGUGGGCUGUCCCUACGGGGGAGAAGACCAGCAGGGACUAGUUUUUAUCUAUAAUGGUCAUGAAGAAGGUCUGGAGGACACGCCCACACAAACUCUCUCCGGCCAAUGGGCAUCCAGCGGAUUCCCAGCUGCUUUCGGCUUUGCACUUCGAGGCAACACAGACCUGGAUCAAAAUGGCUACCCAGAUUUGUUGGUUGGUGCUUUUGGGGCGGACAGAGCGGUGCUUUACAGAGCUCGUCCCAUCGUGAACGCCAAUGCUACGCUAACGGUGCAUCCGACCUUGUUUGUCCCGGAAGAGAAAGCUUGCGUCCUGACGACCGGAGACAAGAUGGUUCCAGUGUCAUGUGUUAGCGUCAGUUUCUGCCUCAUGGCUAAUGGGAAGCACCUCCCCUCUCGUCUAGGAUUUAUUGUUGAAAUCCAGUUGGACAACGUGAAGCUGAAGCAGAGGGAAUCCAAGCCGAGGACUCUGUUUCUGGACAGUCGUCAGUCGAGCGUCGUGAGGAACUUCAGCCUCGAGACCAGUGGAGACAUGUGCCACGAGACCAAGAUCUUCCUCCUGAAUGACGCAGACUUUCGAGACAAACUUUCCCCCAUCUUCAUCAGCCUGAACUUCAGCCUGGAUCCUGAAGACCCCGAGGACCAGACCGGACUGAGACCCAUCCUCAACCACCGCACGCAGCAGCUCAUCCAGCAGCAGGCGCACAUUCAGCUGGACUGUGGAGAAGACAACAUCUGUGUCCCUGACCUGAAGCUGGCGGUUUAUGGUUGGUCUGUGGUUGGUCUGCGGUUGGUCUGCGGUUGGUCUGUGGUUGGUCUGCGGUUGGUCUGCGGUUGGUCUGUGGUUGGUCUGUGGUUGGUCUGUGGUUGGUCUGCGGUUGGUCUGUGGUUGGUCUGUGGUUGGUCUGUGGUUAGUCUGUGGUUGGUCUUUAGUUGGUCUGUGGUUGGUCUGUGGUUGGUCUGCGGUUGGUCUGUGGUUGGUCUGUGGUUAGUCUGUGGUUGGUCUUUAGUUGGUCUGUGGUUGGUCUGUGGUUGGUCUGUGGUUGGUCUGUGGUUGGUCUGUGGUUGGUCUGUGGUUGGUCUUUGGUUAGUCUGCGGUUGGUCUGCGGUUGGUCUGUGGUUGGUCUGUGGUUGGUCUGUGGUUGGUCUGUGGUUGGUCUGUGGUUGGUCUUUGGUUGGUCUUUGGUUGGUCUGUGGUUGGUCUGUGUCUGCGGUUGGUCUUUGGUUGGUCUGUGGUUGGUCUGUGGUUGGUCUGUGGUUGGUCUUUAGUUGGUCUUUGGUUGGUCUGUGGUUGGUCUGUGGUUGGUCUUUAGUUGGUCUGCGGUUGGUCUGCGGUUGGUCUGUGGUUGGUCUGUGGUUGGUCUUUAGUUGGUCUGCGGUUGGUCUGUGGUUGGUCUGUGGUUGGUCUGUGGUUGGUCUGUGGUUGGUCUUUAGUUGGUCUGCGGUUGGUCUGCGGUUGGUCUGCGGUUGGUCUGUGGUUGGUCUGUGGUUGGUCUUUAGUUGGUCUGCGGUUGGUCUGUGGUUGGUCUGUGGUUGGUCUUUAGUUGGUCUGUGGUUGGUCUGUGGUUGGUCUGUGGUUGGUCUGUGGUUGGUCUGUGGUUGGUCUUUAGUUGGUCUGUGGUUGGUCUGUGGUUGGUCUGCGGUUGGUCUGCGGUUGUUGGUCUUUGGUUGGUCUGUGGUUGGUCUGUGGUUGGUCUUUGGUUGGUCUGUGGUUGGUCUGUGGUUGGUCUUUAGUUGGUCUGCGGUUGGUCUGCGGUUGGUCUGCGGUUGGUCUGUGGUUGGUCUGUGGUUGGUCUGUGGUUGGUCUUUAGUUGGUCUGCGGUUGGUCUGCGGUUGGUCUGCGUUGGUCUGCGGUUGGUCUGCGGUUGGUCUGCGGUUGGUCUGCGGUUGGUCUGUGGUUGGUCUGUGGUUGGUCUUUAGUUGGUCUGCGGUUGGUCUGUGGUUGGUCUGCGGUUGGUCUGUGGUUGGUCUGUGGUUGGUCUUUAGUUGGUCUGUGGUUGGUCUGUGGUUGGUCUGUGGUUGGUCUGUGGUUGGUCUGUGGUUGGUCUUUAGUUGGUCUGUGGUUGGUCUGUGGUUGGUCUGCGGUUGGUCUGCGGUUGGUCUGUGGUUGGUCUGUGGUUGGUCUUUAGUUGGUCUGUGGUUGGUCUGUGGUUGGUCUGUGGUUGGUCUUUGGUUGGUCUGUGGUUGGUCUGUGGUUGGUCUGUGGUUGGUCUGUGGUUGGUCUGUGGUUGGUCUGUGGUUGGUCUGUGUUGGUCUGUGGUUGGUCUUUGGUUGGUCUGCGGUUGGUCUGCGGUUGGUCUGCGGUUGGUCUGCGGUUGGUCUGUGGUUGGUCUGUGGUUGGUCUUUAGUUGGUCUGCGGUUGGUCUGUGGUUGGUCUGCGGUUGGUCUGUGGUUGGUCUGUGGUUGGUCUUUAGUUGGUCUGUGGUUGGUCUGUGGUUGGUCUGUGGUUGGUCUGUGGUUGGUCUUUAGUUGGUCUGUGGUUGGUCUGUGGUUGGUCUGCGGUUGGUCUGUGGUUGGUCUGUGGUUGGUCUUUAGUUGGUCUGCGGUUGGUCUGUGGUUGGUCUGUGGUUGGUCUUUAGUUGGUCUGCGGUUGGUCUGCGGUUGGUCUUUAGUUGGUCUGUGGUUGGUCUGCGGUUGGUCUGUGUUGGUCUGCGGUUGGUCUGUGGUUGGUCUGUGGUUGGUCUGUGGUUGGUCUGUGGUUGGUCUGUGGUUGGUCUGUGGUUGGUCUUUGGUUAGUCUGCGGUUGGUCUUUGGUUGGUCUGUGGUUGGUCUGUGGGAUAAGAGGAUGGCGUACCUCGGGGACGAGAACGCGCUGACUCUGAUCCUGAACGCGGUGAACGAAGGAGAGGGCGGAGCCUACGAAGCCGAGCUGUACGUGCUGCUGCCUCCAGACGCAGACUACAGCGGGAUCGCACGCAACAACCACAGUCUGUCUCAGAUCACCUGCAGUUAUGAAUCCCAGAACGACACCCGCUUCCUCCUGUGUGACCUGGGGAACCCCAUGAAGCCCGGCAGCGACAUCUGGGCCGGGCUGCGCUUCACGGUGCCCAGACUCAAAGACUCAUAUAAAGUCGUGGAGUUCGAACUCCAAAUACGAAGCAAAAACGCAAAUAAUUCUGAGAGUGAAGUGGUGGUGUACGAGCUGGAGGUGGCUGCUCUGGCGGACGUGCUGCUGCAGGGAGUUUCUCGUCCGGAUAAAGUGGUGUUUCCUCCCCCGAGCUGGAAGAUGAUCCAGGGGCUGCGGCGGGAGCAGGACGUGGGCCCCGAGCUGCAGCACGUCUUUGAGUUGGUGAACCAUGGCCCCAGUGUGAUCAGCCGGUCGUCUCUGGAGGUCCGCUGUCCCCUGAGGGCCCAGAGCCAGGGCCUGCUGUACCCCCUGGAGCUCACCACAGAAGGACCUCUGACCUGCCGCUCCCAGCACCAGCUCAACGCACUCAAACUCAAGCUGGAGCCGGCCUCUGCACAGACCGUGGCUCAGAUCAAACCUCAAAGUUCAGAGCAUCGUGUGAAGAAGAGAGACGCACAACCUCUGGCCGAGCACGGGAACCUGACCUGCAGUGUGGUGGAGUGUUGGAGGAUGCAGUGUGAUGUUGGGAGGCUGAACCGAGGAGACAGCGCCAUCAUCAGGCUGCGCUCCAGACUGUGGGCCGAGACCUUCAUCGAGAGAAUCUACAAACAGCACGUUGUCGAGUGCACGGUUCAUUAUAAAGUGGAGAAGAUGCCGUACUCCAUUCCACCGCUGUUCACACCAUCGCUCUCUAAAAAGGUUGUGUGUGCGGUGCUGUGGAACAAGCCGGACAGUGUGUACCCCGUCCCGGUGUGGAUCGUGGUCCUGGCCGUGCUGUUGGGGCUCCUCCUGCUGAGUCUGCUCAUCUAUCUGCUCUACAAGAUGGGUUUCUUUAAAAGGUCUGAUCCUUACGCCACAACAAUGGAGAAAGCUCAUCUCAGACCACAGGCCUCGUCUGAAGCCUAG